AUGGAUGCAAUCGCGUGCUCUACUUGGUGGCUAAACUGCGGAGAAAAUCUUGCCCCUAACAAAGCGGCGCACUCGCGCUUCCAGCCGUCCCAGUCCAGCACGUACCAGGCCGUGGGCACCCCCUUCUCCAUCCAGUACGGCACGGGCAGUUUGACCGGGGUCAUCGGCUCUGACCAAGUAACGGUCGAGGGUCUCACCGUGGUCAACCAGCAGUUUGCAGAGAGCAUCAACGAGCCCGGCAAGACCUUCCUGGAUGCCAUGUUUGAUGGGGUCCUGGGGCUGGCCUACCCCUCGCUGGCCGUGGACGGCAUCACCCCCGUCUUCGACAACAUGAUGGCACAAAACCUGGUGGAGCUGCCUAUGUUCUCUGUCUACAUGAGCACGAACCCAAACUCCUCUGUGGGAGGAGAGCUGCUCUUCGGCGGCUUUGACCCCUCCCGCUUCGUGGGGACCCUCAACUGGGUGCCGGUCACUCAGCAAGGUUACUGGCAAAUCCAGAUCGACAACAUCCAAGUUGGGGGGACGGUGGCAUUCUGCGCCAGCGGGUGCCAGGCGAUCGUGGACACUGGGACGUCGCUCCUCACAGGUCCUACCAAUGACAUCAAAGAACUGCAAAACUACAUCGGUGCCGUGCCUGUGGAUGGAGAGUACGCUGUGCAGUGCGACAGCCUGAGCAUGAUGCCCAGUGUGACCUUCACCAUCAACGGGGUCCUCUACACACUCAAUGCCCAGGCCUACAUGCUCAUGGAGGACAGUGACGGCAUGGCCAUCUGCGUCAGUGGCUUCCAGGGCAUGGACAUCGCCCCUCCUGCCGGCCCGCUCUGGAUCCUGGGCGACGUUUUCAUUCGGCAGUUUUACUCCGUCUUUGAUCGUGGAAAUAACCGGGUGGGCUUGGCCCCAGCCGUCCCUUAGGGCUGCAGCAUCUAAUGGGAUGGGGAAGAAAGGGAGCUGUUGGGUUGCGUUUGUGGCCACUGCCUUGGGCAAGUCACUUAAUUUCACUAGGUGCCUCAGUGUCCCCACUUGGAGGUAACGGAGAUACCUUGGGUCCUCAGCUGAAGAGCACAAUGGAAGUCCAGUACCUGCCAGGAGGCAGUUUCAUGAUAAACAUAGAAAUGUCUUGGGCAGCUUUACAGAAGCAGUUUUGCAGAUUCUCUUUUUCUUUUUUUUAACAUGGGUCAAUAAAGACUCUAAUAAAACCGAAAGUGCCCUUCUCGCGUUGUGGUCAGCGUAGCA